UAAUGUUAAGAGAGAGGGAGCAGAAUUGAGGGUCUUCAUUUUUUCCAGACAGUGUCUAACGCGUGGUUAGUGUGCGGAGCACAACAGUCCGUUGUCUAGGGCAUGACGGCGACUAGCCAUGCAUAAACAGACAGGGCAGACAGACAACAGGAAAUAAUGGGCUCCAGCUAUACCUCAUAAACAACCGGCUUGUUGUUCUGUUCAUGUUUUAUCCAGCCAGUCGCUGUCUGAGUUGACCGAGUAUCGACCGUUCGCAUCUAGUCUCAGUCUUCUUUCCAUAUUUUCUCUUCAUCUCUCCUCUCGUUUUCUUCUUCACCAUGGGAUGUUCUUCGUCCAGCACACAGACUGUCGAUGAGGAGAAGAGACCGGGGACAAAACCCGAGGAGUCCAACGGAGACACAUUUGUUGUCAGGAAUGGUCACAUCUCGGAGGACACGGAGACCAUCGCUGACCAGAUGCAACUUCCUGUCCAGAGUGCCCUGACUGAUGACUCUGAGGAACCCGUCAUCAUGGCCUCAGAGGCCCUGGAGACCAUGGGGUCUGGAUGGGAGGAGGACCAGGUCCUGGAGAUGCUGGCUGCAGCCGAGCCAGAGGUUCCCCCUGAAGCCCCUGCUGAGGCUGCAGCUGUAGAAGCAGAGGUCCCUUCAGAGGCUGUGGUCUUAGUGGAGGUGGCGGCCCCUGUUGAGGCUGUCGUGGUUGAGGCCGCUCCUGUGGCAGAGGCUCCUGCUGAGACAGUGGUGUCUGAGGAGGCCCCUGUUGUUGAAACUGGAGCUGCAGUGGAGGUGGCUACCCUGGUCGAGGCAGCUGCACCUGUGGAAGCUGCUGCCCCAGUCGAGGUGGCUGAAACUGUCCCAGAGGCAGCUCCAGCCCCGACAGAGGAGACCCCAGCUCCAGCCCCGACAGAGGAGACCCCAGCUCCAGCCCCGACAGAGGAGACCCCAGCUCCAGCCCCGACAGAGGAGACCCCAGCUCCACCCCCGACAGAGGAGACCCCAGCUCCAGCCCCGACAGAGGAGACCCCAGCUCCAGCCCCGACAGCGGAGACCCCAGCUCCAGCCCCAAAAGAGGAGACCAAAGAUUCCCCAGCCCCUGUGGCCGCUGUCCCUGAGCCAGUAACCCCUGCUGCUGAGCCUGUGGCCGCUGUCCCAGAGGGGGCCCCCGCUGUGGAGGCCCCUGCACCCAGUGGCCCCAUAACUGACCUUGUUGUUGCUGCUGAGCCUGCAGCAGAGCCAAUAACCACCCCUGUGGCUGUGGAGGCCCCUGUAGCAGCCGUUGCCAAUGAGCCUGUGGAGGCCCCUGUAGCAGCCGUUGCCAAUGAGCCUGUGGAGGCCCCAGGUGAGGUGACAGCUCCAGCCCCAGAGCCUGCAGUAGAGACUCCUACCCCUGCUCCCGAAGCCGCCCCAGAGCUAACACCAGCCGCCCCCGCUCCUGCUCCCUCAGACGCCCCUACCCCUGCCCCAGAGCUAACACCAGCCGCCCCUGCUCCUGUGGCCCCGCCUACUCCUGCCCCAGAGCUAACACCAGCCACCCCUGCUCCUGUGGCCCCGCCUACUCCUACCCCAGAGCUAACACCAGCCACCCCUGCGGCUCCGCCUACACCAGCCACCCCUGCGGCCCCGCCUAUUCCUGCUAUCUCAAUCCCAGAGAUUGAUGGUGUUCCGGUGGUUGUGUCGGCGGUGGCACAGGAAGCAGCAGCCUUGGUGUUGGCUGGACUGGCACAGGAAGCAGAGAAAGACAAGAAACAGAACUAAGAAGAGAGAUCAAACUGAGGAGGUCGCUGUGGCCUGGGAAACACAACCUUCUUGGAUAAAACCUCAGUUUUUACAUUCAGAGACGAUUUGUAGAUAAGAUGCACAACCCAAAGACCAGGAAGUUAAAAACACACACAGUCAUCUGCCACAACGAUGACAGACCAGGAAGUUAAAAACACACACACACACACACACUCAUCUACCACAACGAUGACAGACCAGCUCAAUACAUAUUCCUGUCAGGGUGUGUCCCAAAUGGCACCUAAUUCCCUGAUGAGGGGAUAGGGUGUCACCAAAGUGCCUUCCCAUCCUGGAAAUAUGGAUGGGUCACUUUUCUUCUUCUAUUGGUAAUAACACCUGGGCUUCCAACCAUGUAACAUGGAGAAACCUGGGCUUCCAGCCAUGUAACCUGGAGACACCUGGGCUUCCAACCAUGUAGCCUGGAGACACCUGGGCUUCCAACCAUGUAACCUGGAGACACCUGGGCUUCCAACCAUGUAACCUGGAGACACCUGGGCUUCCAACCAUGUAACCUGGAGACACCUGGGCUUCCAACCAUGUAACCUGAAGACACCUGGGCUUCCAACCAUGUAGCCUGGAGACACCUGGGCUUCCAACCAUGUAACCUGGAGACACCUGGGCUUCCAACCAUGUAACCUGGAGACACCUGGGCUUCCAGCCAUGUAACCUGGGCUUCCACCUGAACUCUCUGACUCCCAAUUACCUGGAGCCACCUGGGCUUCCACCUGAACUUUCUGACUCCCAAUUACCUGGAGCCACCUGGGCUUCCACCUGAACUCUCUGACUCCCAAUUACCAGGAGCCACCUGGGCUUCCACCUGAACGUUUACUCCCAAUUACCUGAAGCCACCUGGGCUUCCACCUGAACUCUCUGACUCCCAAUUACCUGGAGCCACCUGGGCUUCCACCUGAACUUUCUGACUCCCAAUUACCUGGAGCCACCUGGGCUUCCACCUGAACUUUCUGACUCCCAAUUACCUGGAGCCACCUGGGCUUCCACCUGAACUUUCUGACUCCCAAUUACCUGGAGCCACCUGGGCUUCCACCUGAACGUUUACUCCCAAUUACCUGAAGCCACCUGGGCUUCCACCUGAACUUUCUGACUCCCAAUUACCUGGAGCCACCUGGGCUUCCACCUGAACUUUCUGACUCCCAAUUACCUGAAGCCAGCUGGGCUUCCAACUGAACACUGACUCUCUCUAACAGACAGCUGUGGUGAAGCCAAACGAUGCACUACUUUAGCAACAAACUGUGAAGGUUCAGAGACAGACUACACGGUCACUUUAAGGUUGUCAAUAUGGAGUCAAUGUUGUGUUGGAACAGUUUCUCGGUGGGAGAAUGUUUCAUAAUAAAUACUACUUGACUUUUACUAGCUAGACAAACAAUCUAACAAACUGUUCUUCUGGACUAGACUGAACCCUGCUGAUGUGGAACUCAAAUCUAACAAACUGUUCUUCUGGACUAGACUGAACCCUGCUGAUGUGGAACUCAAAUCUAACAAACUGUUCUUCUGGACUAGACUGAACCCUGCUGAUGUGGAACUCGAUCUAACAAACUGUUCUUCUGGACUAGAAUGAACCCUGCUGAUAGGGGAAGUCAAUAUAACAAACUGUUCUUCUGGACUAGACUGAACCCUGCUGAUAGGGGAAGUCAAUAUAACAAACUGUUCUUCUGGACUAGACUGAACCCUGCUGAUGUGGAACUCGAUCUAACAAACUGUUCUUCUGGACUAGACUGAACCCUGCUGAUAGGGGAAGUCAAUAUAACAAACUGUUCUUCUGGACUAGACUGAACCCUGCUGAUAGGGGAAGUCAAUCUAACAAACUGUUCUUCUGGACUAGACUGAACCCUGCUGAUAGGGGAAGUCAUUAAUGAAUUAAUGAUUACUUCAAUAAGGUUAUUUAACAGGUAGAUAAGGAACACUAAGAGCUUAACAGUAGAUGCUGGUCCAUGUUGACUCUACAAGGUGUCGAAAGCGUUCCACAGGGAUGCUGGUCCUUGUUGACUCUACAAGGUGUCGAAAGCGUUCCACAGGGAUGCUGGCCCAUGUUGACUCUACAAGGUGUCGAAAGCGUUCCACAGGGAUGCUGGCCCAUGUUGACUCUACAAGGUGUCGAAAGCGUUCCACAGGGAUGCUGGCCCAUGUUGACUCUACAAGGUGUCGAAAGCGUUCCACAGGGAUGCUGGCCCAUGUUGACUCUACAAGGUGUCGAAAGCGUUCCACAGGGAUGCUGGCCCUUGUUGACUCUACAAGGUGUCGAAAGCGUUCCACAGGGAUGCUGGCCCUUGUUGACUCCAAUGCAUCCCCACAGUUGUGUCAAGAUGGCUGGAUGUCCUUUGGGUGGUGAACCAUUCUUGAUAUUCAACGGCUCUUAAAGCCACACACAUCCAUGUCUCAAAGCGUAUAAAUCCUUCUUUAACCCGUCUCCUCCCCUUCAUCUACAUGUCUCCUCCCCUUCAUCUACAUGUCUCCUCCCCUUCAUCUACAUGUCUCCUCCCCUUCAUCUACAUGUCUCCUCCCCUUCAUCUACACUGAUUUUGAAGUGGAUUUAACGAGUGAUCAUAGCGUUUACCUGGUCAGUCUGUCAUGGAAAGAGAACAGGUGUUCUUAAUGUUUUGUCAACCCGGUGUCUGUUUAGUUCUCUUCUUUCUCACCUUGUUUGUUUCAAAAUGUCACUAUAUAUAGAUUCAUGAUGAGUCUGUCUGUUUGAGGAGGAGGAGUCCUGAUCUCGAUGCAGCAGGAAGUGAUGUCACUAUAUAUAGAUUCAUGAUGAGUCUGUUUGAGGAGGAGGAGUCCUGAUCUCGAUGCAGCAGGAAGUGAUGUCACUAUAUAUAGAUUCAUGAUGAGUCUGUUUGAGGAGGAGUCCUGAUCUCGAUGCAGCAGGAAGUGAUGUCACUAUAUAUAGAUUCAUGAUGAGUCUGUUUGAGGAGGAGUCCUGAUCUCGAUGCAGCAGGAAGUGAUGUCACUAUAUAUAGAUUCAUGAUGAGUCUGUUUGAGGAGGAGUCCUGAUCUCGAUGCAGCAGGAAGUGAUGUCACUAUAUAUAGAUUCAUGAUGAGUCUGUUUGAGGAGGAGUCCUGAUCUCGAUGCAGCAGGAAGUGAUGUCACUAUAUAUAGAUUCAUGAUGAGUCUGUUUGAGGAGGAGUCCUGAUCUCGAUGCAGCAGGAAGUGAUGUCACUAUAUAUAGAUUCAUGAUGAGUCUGUUUGAGGAGGAGUCCUGAUCUCGAUGCAGUAGGACAUGAGGUACCAAAUCGAGUGUAAAUGAACUAUUCAGUGUGAAAAACACUCAAUGGUUAAAAAAAAUAAAAUAAAGUUAUUUAAACUUUGA